AUGCCGCGGAUGCUCAUGUCGGAACCAGGCACUAGCAAAAGUAUGGGCGGAAGCGACACUCGAAUCGACCACGACGCGUAUCAUGAGCUCAACCUGCACCUUCAGCAGCAACAACACGAGCACGACUACGUGAACGGCCAUGGGCACGAGCCCAGGCACGCCGGGCACGACAAGCCCGAGCGCGUGCUCGUCCGCGAGCUCGAGUUCAAGCCCAAGCGAGCGAGUACGUCGACCAAGAAUCGGCCGAGAUCGCCCAGCCCGUAUCGAGCGCACCCGGAGCAAUCCUCGACCGAAUUGUGAGUCCGGUCGGGUUCCUCCAUGUGUAACACCCCCGAACGUUAAGCACGUACGCCUACCAAUCUAUCGUCUGAACGGGGAUAAAAGCGAGCGACGGCGCCCGUGAGCGAGAGCGGGCUCGACUGCAGGCGCAGGUCAGCAGAGAGGCGCUCGAGUGAGCUAUUUGAGCUGACUCUCUCUCAUCGUACAUCGGACUAUGCACUCGAUUAUGUGCCUCAUCAGUUUGACGAGGUCAGUACCUUUUCUAUCCUUCUCGUCAGCGGCAUGGCUGCGUCUCAUGAGCAGCUGCUGUGACUGACAACUGAUGACGUUCUCUUCAACACGCACCCGAUUUGGACUUGGCGCGCCGGCAAUUCCUUGGCUUGGCGGUCUCCAUCGCGGUUCCCGACGACCCGCAUCCCUCGUCGCUCGGCGGUGACCCGUGACUCGUACUACCUGGAAAAAUGCCUGCUCGGUAACCGACCUGCCUCGCCUCGCCUGCCCUCACCGACCAUAACGUUCCAUUUCGCAGCUUCUGGCAACAUAGCAUCGACAUUGCAGAGAAUGUUCACGACGACUUCAAACACCAGGCACUGCCCCUCGCCCGAAUCAAAAAAGUCAUGAAGUCGGAUCCCGAAGUCAAGGCUAGUCGCAACACACAGCUGUAGCUCUAGAACUUGAGAGACGUGACAGCUGAUAUAUCAUUGUGGCCUUUGGACGCACAAAGAUGAUCUCGUCCGAAGUGACAGUAUUGCUCGAGAAAGCUUGCCAAAGUCGGUCAAAUGAAUGCGGGUGUAAUAGCUCACACCCAACGGUGGCGCGCAGUAGAGAGUAGAGAGGGCGGACACCGCCGCCAGGUGAGCCUGCUGAGUUCUGACCCAUCCCGUGUCUAUCGCUCGACAGUUUUCAUCCAAGAAAUCACCAAUCGGGCACACAUGGUGUCCCUUGCUUCUCGCCGCCGCACCUUGGCCAGGUCAGACGUCGCCGAAGCGGUCGCCAAAUCCGACACGUUCGAUUUCCUCGUCGACGUCGUGCCGCGCGACGAGUCGACCCCCCUCCCCCCCUCGGCAUCCGCGUCUGUUUCGGCUCCAAACUUGGGUCAAGAUGGUACAGAAGAAUCCGAAGCACCCAAAGCUUCAACUAGCCGCACGACGCUCGACAGCUUCACGUCGACUCUGGACGUUGGUGCCGCCGAAGAUGCCGUCGAUCCCGAAGAUGAAGCUGGCCCAGGCGAGGAUGAGCUCGCUGAGGGGACCCUCGGUGUAUCAAAGACGAAUGCGCGUAAGCGAGCCUCACGUGCCACUGGCAAACCGCGAGGUCGACCAAAGAAGAGACCGGCCGCAGAUACGGGGCCGUCACACGGCGAGCGAGAAGCUGAGCACGAACGAGCUCGGCUAGUCGCUGAGGAGCAGGCCAGGCAUGCUGCAGCAAUGGGGCACUUGCAAGGCAAAGCAGCCGAAGCGAGCAACCCAGCACCGACCCCGGCCCCCCAAAUGCCUCCUCCUAAUCCGACAAGCCACCAUUCGGGUCACAAUAGCGGUAUGUAUGGCUUGUCUGCGCAAAGUAUGCAGGCACCACCCCACCUGAUGGGCCUGUCAAUGGGGAUGGGCAUGGGCAUGGGCAUGCCGAUCUCGAUGCCGAUGGGUCUGCCCACAUCAGCCGCUGGGUCACACGAGGAAUAUCAGAGGUGGAUGCUCGAUCAGUUUCAAAGGAGCGGGGCGCACAAUGCUCAUGUGAGUUGGUGUUUCACGAUAUGUCGAGACCACGUCUGAAUUGCUCGAGCUGAAUGACGGCCCAACUGCGCUACCUUGACCAGCCGUUCAUGGCCCCUGGUUCCAUGCCUUGGCCCAACCCAUUCGCUUACGAUGUAGGUCAAACCGUACCCGCGAAGCGGACGAGCAGCUCUAAGCUGAACCAGACCGCUUUCUCUCUUCCCCUUGCCCAUAGUCGAGCCACACCUUCUUUGCGCACACUGCCCAGCGCGAGUAG